AUGUCAUUAUUGCCUAAUUCGACAGUUUUAAUUGAUCAUUUGCAAAAGUUUUAUGAUGAUUUGCCGCAGUGGGGAAAAUUCGCUUUUGCCGGAUGUAUCGCUGUUGUCGCCUAUGUUCCGUAUCGUUAUAUUACGACACUGCCAAGAAAAACACCUAUAAAAGCUGAUUAUAAAAAGGACGUUGCAUAUUUAUAUCAAUUUCCACGUUUCAAGUAUGUGCCAAGUAUGUCACCAUUCUGUUUGAAAUUAGAAACUUGGUUACGUAUGGCUGAGGUCAACUAUGAAAACGUUGAUUGUGGAUGGAGCAUGCGUUCUCUUGAAGGGACUCUUCCAUUCAUCGAAUAUAACGGCAAAGAAUAUCCAGAUUCUUCUUUUGCUAUUCGAGAUUUAACGGCGAUUCUGUCAAAAGAAGGCAUGGAAAGCCAUUUAAAUGAUGAACAGCAUUCAUCGGCUCGUGCAUUUGAAGUUCUAGCUGAACAAUCAUUAAUGCGAGUUGUUGAUUAUAUACGUUAUGUAGAAAAUAUUGGAGAAUUUUCGAAACAAGUCCCAGAUGGCACUCUCGGAAAUCUACAACCACUUUGGUUAUGGUUUGCCAAAAUGACAGAAACACUGAAAAUUGUUGGUAUUGGAAAACAUAAUCGUGAAGAGAUUAUUAAUAUUGGUAAUGAUGACUUGAGAGCGAUUUCAAUGUAUCUUGAUAGCAAACAUUACUUCACUGGUUAUAAACCGACUCGAGUUGAUGCGGCACUUUUCGGUGUUCUAGCUCAAAUAGUUUAUGCUCCUUAUGAAUUUCCGCAAAAGCAAUUGAUUCUUAAUGAACUACACAAUUUGCAAGAUUACUGUGAUCGAAUAAGAGGUCGAUAUUGGCCGGAUUGGGAAGAAUGUACUGAGAAAUUUCGAAUGAAUUCAGAUUGGAAGAAAAAAGUUUGA